CUACCUCCGGUUCUAUCCCGGCGCUUCACCCUUCCCCGCAGACCUCUGCCCCGGACCCAUUUCCGAGGCGCGCCGCAUGCGCCGCGCAACCCAGGCCACGAGCACGGGCGCGUGCGCACGUCAGCGCGCGCCCGCCCCGACGCGAGGAGGCCCCGCCCUCCAGCCCCGCCCCGCUCACUGGCCUGCCUCCUUCUGCUACCCUCCCGGCGCAGAGAACCCCGGCUGCCCAGCGCGCUCCGCGGUCAUGGAGAUCCCCGGGAGCCUGUGCAAGAAAGUCAAGCUGAGCAAUAAAGCGCAGAACUGGGGAAUGCAGAGAGCAACCAACGUCACCUACCAAGCCCAUCAUGUCAGCAGGAACAAGAGAGGUCAGGUGGUGGGGACCAGAGGUGGCUUUCGUGGUUGCACAGUUUGGCUAACAGGCUUGUCUGGAGCAGGAAAGACUACUGUGAGCAUGGCUUUGGAGGAGUACCUGGUUUGCCAUGGUAUUCCAUGCUACACUCUGGAUGGUGACAAUAUUCGUCAAGGUCUCAAUAAAAAUCUUGGCUUUAGUCCUGAAGACAGAGAAGAGAAUGUUCGACGCAUCGCAGAAGUUGCUAAACUGUUUGCAGAUGCUGGCUUAGUGUGCAUCACAAGUUUCAUAUCACCUUAUACUCAGGAUCGCAACAAUGCAAGGCAGAUUCAUGAGGGUGCAAGUUUACCGUUUUUUGAAGUAUUUGUUGAUGCUCCUCUGCAUGUUUGUGAACAGAGGGAUGUCAAAGGACUCUACAAAAAAGCCCGGGCAGGAGAAAUUAAAGGUUUCACUGGGAUCGAUUCUGAAUAUGAAAAGCCAGAAGCCCCUGAGUUGGUGCUGAAAACAGACUCCUGUGAUGUAAAUGACUGUGUCCAGCAAGUUGUGGAACUUCUACAGGAACGGGAUAUUGUACCUGUGGAUGCAUCUUAUGAAGUAAAAGAACUAUAUGUGCCAGAAAAUAAACUUCAUUUGGCAAAAACAGAUGCGGAAACAUUACCAGCACUGAAAAUUAACAAAGUGGAUAUGCAGUGGGUGCAGGUUUUGGCAGAAGGUUGGGCAACCCCAUUGAAUGGCUUUAUGAGAGAGAGGGAGUACUUGCAGUGCCUUCAUUUUGAUUGUCUUCUGGAUGGAGGUGUCAUUAACUUGUCAGUACCUAUAGUUCUGACUGCUACUCAUGAAGAUAAAGAGAGGCUGGAUGGCUGUACAGCAUUUGCUCUGAUGUAUGAGGGCCGCCGUGUGGCCAUUCUUCGCAAUCCAGAGUUUUUUGAGCACAGAAAAGAGGAGCGCUGUGCCAGACAGUGGGGAACAACAUGCAAGAACCACCCCUACAUUAAGAUGGUUAUGGAACAAGGAGAUUGGCUGAUUGGAGGAGAUCUUCAAGUCUUGGAUCGAGUUUAUUGGAAUGAUGGUCUUGAUCAGUAUCGUCUUACUCCUACUGAGCUAAAGCAGAAAUUUAAAGAUAUGAAUGCUGAUGCUGUCUUUGCAUUUCAAUUACGCAACCCAGUGCACAAUGGACAUGCCCUGUUAAUGCAGGAUACCCAUAAGCAACUUCUAGAGAGGGGCUACCGGCGCCCCGUCCUCCUCCUCCACCCUCUGGGUGGCUGGACAAAGGAUGAUGAUGUUCCUUUGAUGUGGCGUAUGAAGCAGCAUGCUGCAGUGUUGGAGGAAGGAGUUCUGAAUCCUGAGACGACAGUGGUGGCCAUCUUCCCAUCUCCCAUGAUGUAUGCCGGACCAACAGAGGUCCAGUGGCAUUGCAGAGCACGGAUGGUUGCAGGAGCCAACUUUUACAUUGUUGGACGAGACCCUGCUGGCAUGCCUCAUCCAGAAACAGGGAAAGAUCUUUAUGAGCCAAGUCAUGGUGCCAAAGUGCUGACAAUGGCCCCUGGUUUAAUCACUUUGGAAAUAGUUCCCUUUCGAGUUGCGGCUUACAACAAGAAAAAGAAGCGUAUGGACUACUAUGACUCUGAACAGUUGUGUAUCCCUUGUAUGAAAUGCUUGGGGCCAGAAGUGGUUUUGAUUUUGGAUUCCUUCAGAUUUUGGAAUAUUUGAAUAUUUGAAUGAGGUACCUUGGGGAUGGGACUCAAUUCCAAACAUGAAAUUCAUUUAUGUUUCAAAUAUACCCUUAUAUGUAUAGCCUGGAGGUAAUUUUAUACAGUAUUUUACAUAAUUUUGUGCGUGAAACCAUUUGUGUACAUUGAGCCAUCAGAAAGCAAAGGUGUCAGAGAUGGAAUUUUCCACUUUUGUCCUGUUGGUGCUCAAAAAUUUUCAGAUUUUGGAGUAUUUUGGAUUGUGGAUUGGAGUGCUCAACUUGUAUUUUCUGUAACAAUCUCUAAAGUAGGUGCUGUUACCUCCAUUUUAUAGGUGAGUAUCCUGAGGCAUACAAAGGCCAAAUAGCUUGUAUAAGGUCACAGGACUAGUAAAUGGUAGCUCAGCAUAUGAAGCCAGGCAGUCUGGUUGUAGAGUCUGUGCUCUUAAUCAUUAACAGCACAACUUCUGUCUUCAAAGAUCUUAGGAAGAGCAAAAAACCCCAAGCUUUUAGUACAAAUUAUUGGUAGUAUUGAACAUUGUAUUUGUCCAUUUUCACAGUAUUAUAAAAAACUACAUGAGACUGCAUAAUUUAUAAAGAAAACAGUUUUAAUUGAGUCACAGUUCUGCAUGGCUGGGGAGGUAAAGGGGAAGCAAAGCACAAUUUACAUGGCCCCAGGAAAGAGAACAAAGUGGGGAAGCGCCACACUUCUAAACCGUCAGAUCCAUGAGAAGUCACUAUCAUGAGAACAGCAUGGGGAAACUGCCCCCAUAAUCUAAUCACCUUCCACCAGGUUC